GGCGGCGGCAGCGGCGGAGGGGCGGCUGCGGGCGGCGAGGCGGCGGGCGGGCUGAGCGCUGCCUUCGGGGGGCCGCGCAUCGCCUUCUACGUGGGGCUGAAGAGUCCCCACGAGGGCUACGAGGUGCUCAAGUUCGACGACGUGGUGACCAACCUGGGCAAUCACUACGAGCCGGCCAGCGGCAAGUUCACCUGUCAGGUGCGCGGCAUCUACUUCUUCACCUACCACAUCCUCAUGCGGGGCGGUGACGGCACCAGCAUGUGGGCCGACCUCUGCAAGAACGGGCAGGUGCGGGCCAGCGCCAUCGCGCAGGACGCCGACCAGAACUACGACUACGCCAGCAACAGCGUGGUGCUGCACCUGGACUCCGGCGACGAGGUGUACGUCAAGCUGGACGGAGGCAAGGCGCACGGGGGCAACAACAAUAAGUACAGCACUUUCUCUGGCUUUCUUUUAUACCCCGAUUAAAGCGCGGUGAGCGACGUGACCCAGCCGGCCCCGCGCGUCCCCUCUGGCCCCCGUUGUGCCGCGCACCCCUGCUGCUCUCCGCGGGUCACUUCAGCUUCGUUAUCGGUUUCUGUGUUUUUCUUUUUUCUUUUUCCCGUGGAAACGAAAUACACGUGAACAACGCGACCCCUCCCUGGCUGCCCCCUUCCCCUGCCCCCCCGUCCCCACGUCAGUGUUCUGUGUCACACCAGGAGCCCGCAGCCAGAAACCCAAGCGGUUCCUGCGCUGUAUCAGAGAUUCAGAGUUCAGCCUGUGCCAUACACAGCAUUUGAACUGCUCAAUUAUUAUUAUUUUUUUUGGUCAAUGAAUAUUAAUUACAAUGAAGAAUUUUCAGAUGGAUUAUUCACGAUGUGGCACUGGACCUUGUUUUUUCCUCUGCUGCUUCAUUUGUAUGGGGUCAGAUGUAAACUUUUCUGUGCAAUGCGAUGCUCGUGUGAAUGAUGAUGUCACUAACGUCAAACCUGUUCCUGUCUGCGAAAGAACUCAGUCGUUGACCACACUCACCAAAAUAUCACAUUA